AUGUCUCGUCCAAGACCUCAGUGGCAACUACAAGCAUUGGCAGCUCAAAAAAGGGAUAAUGAGCUGAGACGAGCUGAAGAGCUAAAAAGGGUAGCAAAAUAUUUUGAAACUCACACUAAUAAAUCGAGACAUCAUGAGCAGUGGACCACUGAGGAUUACUAUGAAAGAGCAAGUAGAGAAGCAGAGAUACUUAGCGAAAAGAAAAAAAGAGCUGCACAGUUAGAAGAGCGACGUAAGAAAUUGGAACUGAUGCUAUUCCAGGAAAAUAUGCAGUACCAACAAGAAUUGAAAAAUUUAGCUGCACAGCCCAAAUAUUUCAAGAAUGGGUCCUUUCUCAACAAAGUUCCAACGUCGACUCUUCAAGAUAUUAACCAGGGUAUCAUGCAGAAGGAGGAGCAACUCCAAAGACAAGAAGCGGAACUACGGCUUCACCAUGCUUGGAGAUUGAGACAACCGGAGUUGCGAGCAGCAAAUACUUAUGUUGCGAAUGGAAAACUUAAGUCGGCUUGGAUGAAUCAAAUCGUUGAGAAGGAGUUACAAAAGAAAAAGGAAGAAGAGAUGACACGGAAAUGUUUGCAAGAAAGAGAUGAAGCCCUACGCAGACAAAUUCAAAUUGAAGAAGAGAGAUUAAAGGAGAAGGAGCAACAAAUGAAGGAACUCCGGGAGAGUCUCGAAGGGCAGAUAGCAGAACUAAGCGAGAAAGAGACAGUCGUCAAAAAACUCCGAAAACAAGAGGAAAGGGAGAAGUUAAUAUUGGAUGAACUACGUUUCAUUUCGGAUGAAAGAGAAAGAGAACACGCUCAGCUAAUAUCAGAGCGAGACACAAAUAUUGUGAAUUUGGGCUUACAUAAAUAUAAAUUAAAAAGAAAAGUAGCAGGAGUGAUGAAAGAGAUAGAGUUAGAUUUAAAUAUGUUAGAGAAGAUGCAAAAAGCUGUAAUUAGGGACUUUGAAUUGGAGCAAGACAAAUGCGCAAGUUACAAACGAAUUCUCGACGCGGCACUCCAAGAGUUAAAGGAGCACAGGGAGAGGGAGCGACAGAGACAGAAGAAUAUCGAGGCAAUGUACGACGGUGAAGCGAGACAGAUUAACGAGAAACAGGACAAGCUCUGGGCAAAAGAGCGCGAAGCACGCUCGAUUCUAAUGAAGGAAGUCUUAUCAACGUUAAGUAGACAAGUACAGGAGAAGAUCGAUGCCGGCAGACAGCUGCAGCGUGCCAAUGUGCUGGAGAGGGAGAAGAUUCUCCAGCAAAUGGAGAACUUCCAUCACGAAGUUCGUGCAAGAGAGCGCGAGACUCAGCUAAAGAACACAGAAUAUUCGACAAUAACAGCCCUACAAUCGCAAUUGAAUAGUUUAAGACUGCAGAAGGAACGUCUCGACGCAGCUGUCGAGAAGGAAUCUGAAAUGCGCGCCGCCAUCGACCACGAAAAGAAACUGCGAGUGGAGAUUGCUCGUUUGCAAAGGGAUGGCAAUAUUCAAGCUUGGUCGUAG